CCUAGUUUCACUCUCUUCUCCCUCCCAAUUUCUUCGUUUGCGCCACUGCAUCUCCUCCGGUCAUCCUAAUCAGCAAUUCCGUAUCUUCUCUUCGGCAGACGAUGGCAAGCAAUUACGAUUACGAAGAUGCUCCGGCGGGAUACGAGGACCAGCGCAGGCAGGAUCUGGGCUAUGAUCCGAACUUCGUACCUGACUCCGUGAAGUCAUUUGUGGUGCACCUGUACCGUCACAUACGGGAGAAGAAUGUUUACGAGAUCCACCAGAUGUACGAGAAUUCCUUCCAGACUCUUUCCGACCGUCUCUUCAAAGAUACGCCCUGGCCCUCUGUCGACGCCGUUGCUCACUACGUGGACAAUGAUCAUGUAUUCUGCCUCCUCUACCGUGAGAUGUGGUUCCGCCACCUCUACGCCCGCCUCUCCCCCACACUCCAGCAAAGGAUCGAUUCAUGGGACAAUUAUUGCAGCCUUUUUCAGGUCGUGUUGCACGGGGUGGUCAAUAUGCAAUUGCCCAACCAGUGGUUGUGGGACAUGGUGGAUGAGUUUGUGUACCAGUUCCAGAGCUUCUGUCAGUACAGAGCCAAAAUGAAGAACAAGACCGAGCAGGAAAUUGCACUUCUUAGACAGUAUGAUCAGGCAUGGAAUGUGUACGGGGUGCUUAACUUUUUGCAAGCUCUGAUGGAGAAGUCAAAUAUCAUUCAGAUUUUGGAGCAAGAGAAGGAAGGCCUUGAACAAUUCACUGCUACUGAUGGUUAUGAUUACAAUGGUGGAAGCAAUGUCUUGAAGGUUUUGGGAUAUUUCAGUAUGGUGGGUCUACUUCGAGUCCAUUGUCUUUUGGGUGAUUAUCACACUGGCCUGAAAUGCUUACUUCCAAUUGACAUUACCCAACAAGGCGUAUACACCAGUGUUAUUGGGAGCCACAUUGCAACCAUCUAUCACUAUGGGUUUGCAAACCUUAUGUUGCGGAGGUACGUGGAGGCUAUCCGUGAAUUCAAUAAGAUUCUCUUAUACAUUUACAAGACAAAGCAAUAUCAUCAGAAAUCUCCACAAUAUGAGCAGAUACUAAAAAAGAAUGAGCAGAUGUAUGCUUUACUGGCAAUUUGUCUUUCACUUUGUCCACAAGUGAAGCUUGUUGAUGAUACAGUGAACUCUCAGUUGCGGGAGAAGUAUGGUGAAAAGAUGAGCAGGAUGCAAAGAUAUGAUGAUGAGGCAUUUGCUAUCUAUGAUGAGCUCUUCUCAUAUGCUUGUCCCAAAUUCAUUACCCCAUCAGCUCCAAGUUUUGAGGAGCCUCUUGUAAAUUACAAUCAGGAUGCAUACAGACUUCAGUUGAAGCUAUUUCUAUAUGAAGUGAAGCAGCAGCAAUUAUUAUCAGGUGUCCGAACAUUUCUUAAAGUGUAUUCAACCAUAUCUCUUGGGAAGCUUGCAAGCUACAUGGAAGUGGAUGAGCCCACUCUGAGGACUAUCUUGUUGACGUACAAGCACAAGACUCAUGCCGUUGAUUCUGAUGGAAGGAUUAUCUCUAAUGCUGAUGUUGAUUUCUACAUUGAUGAUGACAUGAUUCAUGUUGUUGAAUCCAAGCCAGUGAAGCGAUAUGGUGAUUACUUCUUGCGGCAGAUUGUUAAGCUUGAGGGGGUGAUAAAUGACAUGGACCGGGUAAAGCUGGAAUAAGUUACCUGCUCAUCUUUGCUUCAAGCUGAGCUCUCUAAUUUUUGUAGUUUUAUGUUAUUAUCAUGCCAGAUAUUUCACUUUAUUUAUUUGGCAAUUUGCUGAAUUUACCUUUUCAGAAGAAUGUGAGUGGGUUAGGUUCUGAUAUAGCACGCAUUGUUGUCACUAAAAGUUAUAUCGAGAUUUUAUUUAUCAUAUCACAACUAGAUACCCCACAUGGUUUUAACUAGUGCCGAAGUAUAUGGAACUAUGACAUGAUAGAGGUGUGCUCUAUU